AUGGGCUUCUUGACCUGGUGCUCCCGCUGCGCAGGCGGCUUGAGCAUGUUGGCAUUGGUCGGCCUUUCGUACUAUGUUAUAUCUCGAGAGUCAGUCGUUGAAAACUACGGAUUCAUCCUAUACAGAGGUGCAAGUGCCAAAGAUGGAAGCCAUUCUUCCAAAAUCACCGCCGCUGGUGCUGGUAUAUGGACUUUUGUCUUCGCCUACUAUUGCCUCCUGAUUCAUUUCAUGGUUGCGCUGUUCCCUAUUCGAGCUUGCUGGUCCAUUUGGAGCAUUACAAAGUCACUUAGACAAUCUGCGCAAAGCAGAGCCGUUCAAAGCUACAAAGCCGCGGGCCUUCGCCGCCAAAGUUCUGCGUCUUCCAUUACCAGCUCCGAGACUUUAUCUUCUAGCGACAGCGACAAUGUGUUUUCGACGGCAAGCGAGCUCACUGAUUCUGAAUCCGAACUUUCCACCGAAGGCAAAGAUGGCAUCCAGAGCGGCCCUAUCAUCCACGCCAUCGUCAUCCCCAACUACAAAGAAGAAGUGGAAACUCUCAGAGAGACUCUGGACGUCUUAGCUUCUCACCCUCAAGCUCACAUUUGCUACGAUGUCUACCUUGGUAUGGAACUACGAGAGGCUGGCGGCGAAUCAAAGGCUUUGAGCCUCGUCCAGCGUUAUAUCAGAAAGUUUCGAUCCAUCGAUUAUACGCUACAUCCGGCAGAUAUUCCUGGCGAAGCUGCUGGAAAGGGCAGCAACAUAGCGUGGGCGGCGCGCAAGCUCAGUUCCAACUAUACAAUGUCUGCUCGCAAAAAUGUCAUUGUUACCGGAAUUGAUGCUGAUAGCCACCUUUCACCGCGAUACUUUGCCCAAAUCUCCAACAUGCAUACUGUCCAUCCAGAAACUGCUUCCACCACUCUGUAUGCCGCCCCUAUAAUCUUCGACCGAAAUGCCCACAACGUCAAUGCCUUUGUUCGCGUUGCCGAUAUUCUCUGGUGCGCCGCCGGAAUGUCUGGCCUGUACAGCAGCUCUGUCAUUGCCCCUCCCACAUCUGUAUACUCCCUGCCUCUUCAGCUUGUUGAUCGCGUCGGCGGUUGGGACUGUGACUCGGAUGCCAUUGGAGAAGAUUUACACAUGUUUAUCAAAUGCUUCUUCGCUCUGAACGGCCAUCUUACCUGCCGCACAGUGCUCAGCCCCGUUAGCCAGACCAACGUGUCUGGAGGUGGGAAAGGCGGCAUUCGAGGCGCUCUCUUGGACGUCAAGGCCCGUUAUAAGCAGGCAAUUCGACACAUGUGGGGAGCCUUGGACAGCGGAUUCGCGAUACGUAAGGCUUCUGAGAUGUGGAAAGACAGGAAGUACACCUCCAGAGCUUUCCGUCCCUUGCACAAGACUUGCCGUGGCGACAGCCUUGAUGGGUAUUUCCCCGAGGCUCAGCUUGAGGCAGGCUCCGAACUUGCAGCCGAGAAUGACGUCUUCUCCGAUAUCACGAGAGACACGCUGAAGGAGCCUCACUGGGAACACAUUUUCUACAUGGCUCACCGUCUGUUCGAAGCACACUUUCUCCCUCUUCACAUGAUGAUCCUAGUAGUCGCAUCUGCUCUGUACACAUUUGUUACGAAAGGUGGCGAAGAUCCCAACAAUCUAUCCUGGGUCUUUUCGGCUUGCAACGUUCUUCGGCCCCUUGGAUUCAUGGAGAUUGCCGUCUAUAUGCUCAUCUACGAGAGCUACCACCGAGUUUGUGUGCAGGCUCGCGAGAGGGACAUGAUCCAAGCUGGGUUGGCCGAUGGCAUGUGCUUUUCGCAUCGCUCUCUGAAGCAGAAUUGCAUCGAUUAUUUUCUGGUACCCGUGGCUGCUCUUUUAUAUGGCACCUUGCCGUGCGCCCAGGCGGAAAUAUCGCACUUUUGGACGGCCGACCUGGAAUACGCUGUUAGCAAGAAAGCUGUACGACAGCGAGCCAAGUCUGUGACCGUUGAAGAUGUCGUUUGA